UUUUAAUAAAAAAAUGUUUUAUUAAUUUUUUAUUUUCCUUGUAUAUUAAUUUUUUUGAAUUUUGAUAUGAUACCUCAGGGAAAUCAUGAAAGUAAUACUUUUUAAGUUAAAUAAUUGCAAAUUAGGCAGGAGAUUUCUCUGAGCUCCCUUUUGUAACUUGGUAUAAUAUCACAUAUAGAAUUAUUCACGUGUCGACACAUGGAUUUGUUCGAAACUGGACAGUGAUAGCUAGCCUAGGCAAUUUUAUUGUUUUUAUGUUUAUGUGUAUAUUUAAACUCACAAAAAAGAUCAAGCAAAAUAAAAUUAUUAAACUUUAAUGUUUGUUGUUUUGGUAUAAAAAUAAUUUCUCUGAUUAAUUUUGUUUUUCUUUGGAUUUUUCACUGUUUUGUGUGGCAGGUUUGAAGAAAUACGAGUAAAUCGAAUAGAAAAUUCACUUUAAUUUUUUCCUGAUUUAAAACAGAUUUUAUUAAAGUAAAUUGGAGAAAUUAUUUUGUGAUGAUAUGAUAAUCUUGAUUAAUUAUUCUAGCCCAUUACACUACGGUGAAAAUAAUUGAUUCGACUUAUUAUUUUGAUAAAAUGUAAUGAAUAGUUGAAAAACUAAAGUAAACUUCCUUUAAAUUUUCUUUUUCAAAUGUCGUUUAUAUAUUGUCACAAAGGUCUCUUGGAAAAAUAAACAGUAUCUAUAGAUUUAUCAAGAGAUUUUUGAGACAAUAGACAAAAAUUGUUCCGCAUAUAUGUCAAGCCAACAUAAAAGAAGAGUAGGUGUGUGCAAGAUUCUUAUCUAUAUUCACAUGGCAAUUUUUGUAGAAAUAAAGUCCAAAUUUGAACGUAAGAUUGUGAAGGAAAAAUUUACAAAGACAUAAUCAUUUAAAUAUCAAAAGAAGUCUAAUGAAAACAUACAAUCUCAUGAAGUCAUUUAUCCAGUUGAGUUUAUAGGAAAUUACAAGAAAAUUACUUCUAAAAAAAGAACAAUACUAUUUCGCAAGUCAUACUAUGUAAUUUUGCUUUGAAAAAAUUUCCUGGUCAUGCGGAAACACAGUUGGGGACAUUAAGUAUUUUUUUUUUUUUACUUUUAUUUCUAUAUGACGAAUAAAAAUUCUGAAUAAGAUCUCAUUAAGUACAAAUAAUUUUUUUCCAACAAAAAAGUAGUAUAAAAAAAAUAAAGUGACAACUAAAAAAGCAAAAGAUAAAAGUAUAAAGAAAACUGCUGUCUUCAGUCACAUUUAUCUUUUCAACUUAUUACAAACCAUAAACAUUUCCUAUAUUUUUCAAACUUUUUAGAAUCAACAAAUUGACACAGUUUCUCAGAAUGAGACUAGAAAUAUGUUGAUAUAAUUCGUUUCCGGUAAAAGGAAAUUACAAUUUACAAAAAUCACUGAUAAAUAUAUUAUUUUUUAUUCAAUAUCCCAAAGGUCAUUCCUAUACAAUUUAAAUUAUACGUUACAAAUAGAUUUCAUUAGUGAUUUUUAUUUUAUUUUUUCAAAUAUAUACUUGUCAGUUUGUAGCAUCACCAAAACAACUCUUCACAUUUAAUUAACAAUUCGAAGAGCUUUAUGUUCGAAAUACCUAAAUAAAUGUUUAAGAUUAUUUCAUAGAACAAAGUUUAACUCAAAACAAAAAAUUGUAUAAAUGUUAUUUAAUGAUCUGUGGUUUACAGUCCGAAUGAUUUUUGGCAAUGUACCAAAUUAAUCCCUGUUAUUUUUCAAUAAUUCAUUUCUACAUAACAACACGCAAUAUAUAAUUCUCAACGUAUAUCUGAUCGAUGAUAUACAUGUACACUGACUUAUACUAUUACUUUUUCUAUAAAAGUUAACAAAGCUCUUAAUAUUAUUUCUAAUAUAUAAUCAAUUACAUACACGUGACAUGCAGAUAUCUGAAAGAAAAUCAAAAGUAUAUAUAUUACAACACAAAUUAAUAAUUAAAGAAAAAAAAAAAAGAGGGAAAAACUAAAUUGAACAUUUUUGUGUUAACGAGCUCCAUCUGUUUUAUCUUUACUUUCUUUUUCUGUUGGCUUAGCCCACCCGCAAAGAUGUUUAGACAGAUUACGUCACUCCCACUGUACAUAUCACUGUACGAGUAACUUUUUCGGUACAAUUUUAUUGCAAAAAUCCAGUCAAUCAAAAUAAACAACCUAAAACAUGUGUAUGUAAUAUAGAUAUAUAUGUAUGUGCUCAUUAAAUGUUACAUUAAACCACGAAUAUAUUAACACACUUUUUUUUCGUGACCAAUGGGUGUUAUUAUUAAUUAACCUUAUUGCGUUAUGUUUUUUUUUUCAGACAGUAUGAGACAUUAUUGCUUUUUUUUUUAGACGGCUUUCCCUUUGCUCUUAUUCUUGAGUUAAUAACAUUUAUUAUUGUCAUAUCUAAAAGAAAAUUUUGUAGUGCGUUUUUAUGUUAUUUUUAUUAGAGAUCGAACUAUAUAGUUUGAGUCGAAAUAACAUGAAGAAGGUCGAUUGUAAGAACCAAAAUAUAAAAAAUAAAAUCAAUACUACUGGACUGUCCAGUUUACACGUAAGCAAGAAGAAUAUAUUAAAUAGAUUCAAUGGUAAUUUUUUUUUGUUAAUUUUCAAGAUCAAUGAUUGUCAUUUAUCACCUACAAGAUCUUUAUUUUAAACGACCCUAUUUGUGAAAAAACAUCAAUUAAAAAAUGUCUGUCUGUAUAAACGUAGUAGCCAAUUAUCAAUUAGUAUAUAAUUGUUGAUUAAUUGUUAUUACAUUACAUGGCCAGUUAUUGAAAUUCAUCAACAAAAUAAGUCAACACUUGAAGCAACUCUACUGCAAAUAAAAUAAAUUGAAAUAGUUUAUCUGUUAUUUCGCGCAUAUAACAGUUAAUUAUCAAAUAGUAUUUUAUUUUUUUAACGCUAAAAUAUUGAAAAUAGUAUCAUGCUGUUAUCUCGUUAUCAAAAAUUGUCGUCUUUAUCAUUUCUCACAUGAUAACUUUACGAUAUUCCACUUGUAUUAUUUUCUAUUUUAUCAUAACAAGGAAGAGAAUCGAUUGAAUAUUGAAGCAUGCGUCCUUUGAGAACAUUGAGGUGCGCAUAUUUCACCCCAUCUUUUUAUAUAAGGGUGUUUUUCGAUCAAAACAAAUCAGUCGGUCAAGCCAUGAAGUGACAACAAUCCACAUGUCAAAUAUUAUUCUUAUUUUGAUACAUUAAAAAUGAGUCCCAUGCCGGGUUAUGAAUCAUUAAUAAGCUACAAUAUCACAUCAAUAACAAAUCCAGGACUUUGUAUAUGGCAAGAACCUCAACAUAUACUCUUUCAACUGGCUAAUUUUUGUUUUGCUUUGUCUUAUUCAGCACCUUCAUCUAAAAAAGGAAUUUUGUUUAUGCAUUCAAUUCUCAUCGUUGGUUUUAUUCUCUUAUCAGGCUGGGCAUGGCAUGUGAUAUGUGCUCCAGAUAUUUUUUCAUGGAAUUUUAGUUUUCUUUUGUUAAAUAUUGGUCAGCUAGUGUACAUUGUUUAUCAAAUGCGACCAAUAAGAUUUGAUCCUGAACUUGAAGAAGUUUAUCAUACACUAUUUUUUCCAUUUAAGGUAUCACGUUCACAAUUUAAAAGAUUAAUGGCACCAGAUUUUGCUGUAAUAAUGUCUCUUCAUGCUGGUGAAGCUUAUGCAAUACAAAAUUUAACUAAAACAGAUAGAUUAGCUUUAUUACUAAGUGGUAAAGUUAAUGUUCUCAGUGAGUCAAAUUUUCUUCACCCAAUUUUACCAUGUGAAUUUUUAGAUUCACCAGAAUUUGAAAGUUCACGUGCAUCAAUUGAUGAUAAAUUUAAAGUUUCAAUUGUUGCUGCAAGUUCAUGCAGAUAUUUGUACUGGCAACGUACAACACUUGAAUAUAUAUUAGCUAAAGAAACAUAUUUAGCAACAGUAUUAACAACCCUGAUUGCACGUGACAUUGCUACUAAAUUAUAUACAAUGAAUAACAAGAUCGUAACAGAUAAAGGAUCACAUUUGGAUAUAAGAUUACCGUCAAUUAGUGCUGGUCAUGGUAAAAGUGGUGAGUAUAGAAGUCCACGCGCAUCACGACAAGCAUUGAUACGUCGUAAAGAUAACAAAUUAGCCAACAAUAAUGUUUGUGAUGAUCUAAUGUUUAUAGAACGACAAGGAAAUAAUCUUACUAAACUUGGUGCACCAAGUAUGGAACCACUUCCAGAACUUCCAUCAUGUGAUGACUUAGCAUCAAGUGGAAUUGAAAGUUGGCUGGAUUCAUCUAGUAAAUAUCAUAGCUGUGAAAUUGUUGAUGAAACGUAAAAUUAAUUAUAUUUAUAUAUAUUUAAUAGUAAUUGAUCAUGAAAAAAAAAUUGAUCUCAUAGUCUUCCGGAUUAUUUUUAUACAAAUAUUGGAUAAAUUAAAUGUACAAACACCGUUAAUUGCACAUGAAAAUCAUGAUAUAGUGUCAAAAUAUAUAAUUAGAUGUAAGAAAUUUUUGUUAUAAAGCACAAAUAAUGCUCGUAAUCUCGUUUGAUAUACACAAUUAUUAUAACAAUAAAGUUGUUGAUUAUUCAUGUUUGACAAUAGUAUUUUAAUUUUCAAGAUAAAAAAGGAUGAAAAAAACCACACCCAUAUUUUUGUUGACUUUGAUACUUUUACUAGCUUUAAAAAAUUAUAAAAUUACAAAGGUUUUUUGUAGCAAAGUGUUAUUACCCAGGCACUUUUGUCAUUAAUAUUUAAAAAAGUAAAAAUUGAACUUUGCAUGCAUAAAAUAUGAUUUAAACUAUAACUAUAGUGUAGAAUAUCUAAAUUUUAAAUAACUAUAAAUUUAUGAGAAUGUAUCAAUAUAUUAUGAAUGAUAUUUUUUAGAACCAAGUGUGCAUGUUAGUAAAUAGUUAUUUCAUAAGUAGUGAUGAUCGGUGACCCGAGAAAAAACGAGCAAAACCGAGGGAGCUUGAUCUACUCUAUCAACUCAAGUUUAUAUUUUCAUGUCAUUGACUACAAUUUUUUUUUUUAUUCUCUACACUCUUGUCCAUCCAAUAAAUAUAAAAAAAAAUUGUUUAUUACCAUAGCAACAUACCACAUGGGUUAUUUUUUAGUGCUUAACUGUCCAAUUGGAUUUCAAUCUUGAAAAUAACGUAUAGACAUAAAAUACAGAACUUAUACGUUCUAUAUUUUUAUCAUUCAAUUUUUUUAAUAAUAUACUUGGCUAAGAGUCGUAGAAUAAAAAAAACAGUUGUGUAAGCAUGAAAAUAAAAUUUCGUAUGCGUAAAUAAUUCACCCUUAUCCAAAGAUAAUAAUGAUUUCUAUAGAAAUAUAUUUAGUCAGUCACAAGAACGGUUUUUUUUGAGCUUAUCAAUGACUCAAUGACUCAAUUAAAAAUUUGAAAUAUUAUUAAACAUUUAGUUGACGAAAUAAAAAUACUUUAUAUCUACAGCAAACUCCUAAAUUUAUUAAAAU